CGCAUGAUUUGGGAAAUGUUUUGAAAUGUGCUACUGUCGAAUAAAAAGUUUCGAAUUGUUUUGUAUCCUUUUCGUGUUUUUAUAAAACAAAAGUGGUGAAUUAAAUAAUAUAUUUAGGUGAGUUUUGUAAUUGUUUGACAAGAUAUUUUCCUUUUGAUGUGUGCAAAGAAAGUUUAUAAACUGUUCUGCCCAAAUGAACUUCGCACGUUGAGUUUUAAUUAAUUGUGAUCAUUUCAUCAUUAAUCUGAAAUUUAAUGGUAUUUACUAUUAUGGUAACGGUCAUCAAUUGUUAUUUUCUUAUUGAUGUUUAUCAUCAAUUGAUGGUUCCAAUGAUGAUCAUUAUUGAUUACAUUUUCAAUCAGUUGAUCAUUGUUCUGUUUGAUUGAUUGAUGAAUUGUGAUAAUCAUCCAGUGAUUAUUGCCCUGACUUAAUUGGCAAUGAUCAACAAUUGUUAUUUUCUUAUUGAUGAUUAUCAUCAAUUGUUAUUUUCUUAUUGAUGAUUAUCAUCAGUUGAUCAUUUCUAUUUGAUUCAUUGAUUGAUGAAUUGUGAUAAUCAUCAGAUCAUUUAAUUGCUCUCACUGACUUAAUUGACAAUGAUCAUAAAUUAAUUGUCACUUAAUUUAAUUGAUGAUUAUAAUCAAUUGGUUACUCUACUAAUAGCAAUUAUUGAUCAUACUUUUCUUAUUGAUAUUUUGAUGUUUAGCUAUUUCUUCGUGUUUCAAGAUGUGAUCACUGCAUUUCAAGCAAUGGCUACAUUUGACAGGACAAUCAUACGUAAUUCAAGUGAUAUUCCCAUUGCAUUCACUGGCUGUUUUGAUGAUUACAAUGUUACAUCAUGUGUAAGGUUUGUGUCUUCACCUGUUAAGUUGCAUUGCACUCUGAUGUGCUGCCAUACAUACUUUAUUAUUAUACUUUGCCAGAUGAUUUUAUAUGUCAGGUGGACAGUGCUGCUGCUCAAUGGGUUAAGCUGUUGUGGUUUGUGUCUCAACUCUGAACUACUGGAAAAGGAUUAAAACAUUUUAACCCAUUGAGUGGCAGCACUCUCCACUUGACAAGUAAAAUUGUCUGGCAUUAGACAGCUAGAGUAAAGUACUAAUUAAAGUAGGUUUAUAGUUUAAAAACUAUGGUGUUGAGAUCCAAAUGCGGGCAGCUUAUUUUAGAAAUACUCUGCAGUCUGCCUACAGGGAACCUGCAAUUAUUAUCAGAAAUAAAAAUUGCAUAACAUUAGACAGAGUAAAAUAAGAAAGCAGUAAAAGAAUAUUACUGUAAUAUAAACAGUCAAUUUUUCUGUGUAUAGGGAUUCUGUUUUGAGUGGAUUUGCUAUCAUCACUGCAUUUGUUUGUGCUGUCAAGGUAUUAAUUAAAUUGAAAUAUUAACAAAUUAACAAAAGUACUAGCUGUAGCCAUAAAACUUUAACAGUCCCUUCCAGAAAGGAUGACACUUUGGCUAUUGAGCGUUGUUUUUGUGAUUGAGAAUUUUUUGAAUUUAAUUAUUAUCUCACAUACAUGAAUAAAACAAGGCUCCAACAUCCAGAAUGACAUACUUUCUGCAAGGAUAGUAAAUGGAGUAUUGUAGAUAUAAUUAAUAUUGUCAUAAUUUAAUUAAUCAAUUAAUAUGAUUCUAAAUGAUGGUUGUUUCGAAUCAACAGCUUUACAAUCUGUUCAGAAAUCAGCAUUCUUUGCCUAACCAGUACAUUAUAUUUUUCUGUGGAUUGGUACAGUGCAUUCUUUGGUAAGUAUAUUGCUGAACCCAUUAUUAAGUUGUAAUUAUAAUAUAUACCCAAAUAUGGAAAGUUUGUAUUGUGCAACCGAGAUAUUGGUCACACAAUUUUGAUACUAUAUUGAUCUCUUGAUGCUAUAUAUUGAUCUAUAUAUUCACUAUUAAUCUUUUAAAGAUGUUGUAAAGUCUGUAAUGUAAACAAAUGCUUUGUAUACAUUUUGAACUGCGGUGCUACAAUUGUAAAAUAUGAUAAACUUUUGUUUACAUUUUGAACUGCGGUGCUACAAUUGUAAAAUAUGAUAAACUUUUGUGUACAUUUUGAACUUCUAUAUUUGUAAAAUAUGAAUAUCUAACACUUUUCUGGUUCACUAUGCUUGUAAAUGAAUAUAGACUCUAUGUUUCAAUUCAAAAAAGUUCCAAAGAUGCAAAAAUUGGGCAAUGUUUCUGUUUCUGUGGGUCCCCCUUUGUUAUGUGCAGAAUGAACUUAAAUUACAGCAUCUUUACUGUUUAUUUUAUGUUUACAAUUUCCAAACUUUGCAGUCAGGUGUAUCCCAAUAUACACUAUCGGUAACUUCUAUUUAAUGUAUCUUUGUAAAGUGACAUUGUGUUCAUUCCAGUGCCAUUAAUUGGAUCUACCUUUGGAAAUAUUCAAUCAUCUAUGUCAUUGAAUUUCUCAAGAUUGUUCAGGUACUCACAAGAUAUGCUUGAAACCUGAAAUUUUGUAAACUACCAAUUAAUACAUACUUCUGGACAUGUGUAUAAAAUAUCAAGAUUUCUUUGGCAUUGCGCUCGAUUGAAUAAUAGUUGAAGGGUAUCUAAUUGUAGAUGGAAAUUAUCGAGUGGAAAUUUAUAUAAAAUACAUUUAUUAGAUCUAACAGAACAGAAGCGAAAAAUGCAACUUUAGGCAGGGGCGUAACUUGGGUAUCAGCAUUUGGGGGGUGUCAACAAUAUUUGCCCAAUAAAAUCAAGUUUUGCCCGACAAAAAGGGGCGUGGACAGUUAGUUCUACACAAGUAUUUGCUAAUGUAUAUUAUGAAUAUGCACUAUUACUAUAACAUCAUCAUCAAAGGUAUGAAUGUCAAUACAGUCAUUUAAAUUCGAUGUAUCUAUCAUGUUGCGAAACGAAUAACGAAUUAUUGUUUUUAUAGUACUUCAUUUCUUGCUGAUUAAAAUGCAUGAUCCAAACACGCUAAGAACAAUGCUAAAAACAAAACUCGGUCGUCGGUCAAUCUUCAAAUUCUGCAAUACGGUUUUUUUGUUGUUUACCCACAGUAAAGCAAGGUAACCUUGCCCAACAAAUAGCACGUGCUUUGAACAAGUUGCCCGACAAAAUUGCAUUUGUAAACGCGGUGGAGGGGUGUCGCACCACACACACCCACCCAGGAGUUACGCCCCUGACUUUAGGUCCCUGGCAGGAAUUGAACCUGCGGCCCUCAGCAAUUCCAGUGGAGCGCUCUGACCAACUGAGCUACAGAGACGAUGAGUUGUCAAGCUCUAACUAAGUUCAUGUAUAUAUACUAGAGUACUGUCAUGUGUAGGUUAUAUGUAAAAAUAUCAAGAUUUUGUUGGUAUCUCACUCGAUUCAAUAAUAGUUGAAGGAUAUUGUACAGUAGAUGGAAAUUAUCGAAAUUAUUAUAUAUGUACAUUUAUUAGACCUAACCAGGAUAUCAAUGGACCAUUUGCAUUAUAGACUAAAUUUUGAUCUAGACAAAAAUUUCAUCACAGUUUGAAAGAGCAUCACAAAAUUAGUAAUUUCCCAAAGUUUCGUUGCGAAAUGUUGUAAAAUGCGGAUAAUAUAGCCCUGCGAAGUUUGCCGUUUUUCAGUCAUUUUGUAUUACGCGUAGGAAAUUGACAGCCCAAUCGGGUGUUGGGGCAUCAAUUUCCCGUUUGUAAUACAAAAUGACUGAAAAUUGCAAAUUUCGCAAGGCUAUAUUAUCUGCAUUUUACAACAUUUCGCAACGAAACUUUGGAAUAUUACUAAUUUUGUGAUGCUCUUUCAAGCUGUGAUGAAAUUUUUGUCUAGAUCAAAAUUUAAUCUAUAAUGCAAAUGGUCCAUUAUCUAAUAAAUGCAUAUAAAUGUCCACUCGAUAAUUUCCAUCUCCAAUACCCUUCAACUAAUACUUCUGGAAAGCAUGACACCUUGGCUAUAGAGCCUCAUUUUCAUGUUGAAAUGUUAGGCUUCUACUGAGGUCACAUACACCAAAACGAGGCUCACUUUCUGGAAGGGUGUGACAUUAUUCUUCUAACAUUCUAGUGUGUGGUAGUAUGCAGAUUUUACUGUACCUUAGCAGCUCAGAUAUACAGAAAGGAUCAUUUAGCCAGGUAUAAUACUGAUUUUUUAAUUUUAUUUGCUCUCCAAUUUACCAUCAAUUUAUUCAUGUUUACCACCUCUCCCCGCCCCCCCCCCCUCAUUUUGCCCUCAAAAUAAUCACCUUUAUUUUCCCCUGUCCAAAGGUAGACACCACUUCCAAUUCCCCUCUCCUCAACACAGUAUAUAUCCCAUCCCCUGCGCAAUUCCUCCCUCAAUUUCGGGGAGUUUUGGCAUUUCAAAACAAAUUUCUGGUAUUUGAAAACAAAGUUUUGGCAUUUGAAAACGGAGUUCUGGCAUUUGAAAACGGAGUUUUGGCAUUUGAAAACGGAGUUUUGGCAUUUGAAAACGGAGUUUUGGCAUUUGAAAACGGAGUUUUGGCAUUUGAAAACAAAGUUCUGGCGUUUGAAAACGAAGUUUUGGCAUUUGAAAACAAAGUUCUGGCAUUUGAAAACGAAGUUUUGGCAUUUGAAAACAAAGUUCUGGCAUUUGAAAACAAAGUUCUGGCAUUUGAAAACAAAGUUUUGGCAUUUGAAAACGGAGUUUUAGUAUUUAAAAACGGAGUUUUGGCAUUUGAAAACAAAGUUCUGGCAUUUGAAAACGGAGUUUUGGCAUUUGAAAACAGAGUUCUGGCAUUGAAAACGGAGUUUUUGGCAUUUGAAAACAAAGUUCUGGCAUUUGAAAACGGAGUUUUAGUAUUUAAAAACGGAGUUUUGGCAUUUGAAAACAAAGUUCUGGCAUUUGAAAACAGAGUUCUGGCAUUGAAAACAGAGUUUUGGCAUUUGAAAACAAAGUUCUGGCAUUUGAAAACGGAGUUUUAGUAUUUAAAAACGGAGUUUUGGCAUUUGAAAACAAAGUUCUGGCAUUGAAAACGGAGUUUUGGCAUUUGAAAACAAAGUUCUGGCAUUCGAAAACGGAGUUUUAGUAUUUAAAAACGGAGUUUUGGCAUUUGAAGACAAAGUUCUGGCAUUUGAAAACAGAGUUCUGGCAUUGAAAACAGAGUUUUGGCAUUUGGAAACAAAGUUCUGGCAUUUGAAAACGGAGUUUUAGUAUUUAAAAACGGAGUUCUGGCAUUGAAAACGGAGUUUUAGUAUUUAAAAACGGAGUUUUGGCAUUUGAAAACAAAGUUCUGGCAUUUGAAAACGGAGUUCUGGCAUUUGAAAACAAAGUGCUGAUAUUUGAACUCUGAGAUUGUGGGUUCGAUCCUCGCUACGGACUCAUGUCCAUUUUCCCAUCUCCAUUUUCCAUUUCCAUCUCUCCAUUUCCCCUCUCUAUUUAACCCCAAUUCCUCCACUAAAUUCUCCCUCCCCCUAAUUCGAGCACCUCUACAGAUUUUGCCCCUCCCCCACAAAUGUUCCCCCACCUUUGAUAACAUUUUGUUUCAACUUGAAGCCGUACUGUUCCUCUAUCUGCUGUGGUGUUUCUGCUUGCUGUGUUUGGGAUAUGCAUCAGUGGCUGGGCUACACUCAAAAGUGACAAAGUCGACUGUUUAGGUACAGUGCAGUUGUACCACGUUUUAAGACUCAAUUAUAGUCAGCCCUUUUGAGUUAACCCUUUUUGAUCCAGCAUGAUUUGCUAGGGGUAGGAGGAUGGGUGCUCUGGUGCCGAAUUGUGUUGGUCAUGUGUGCCGCCCGCCCAUCAACAUACUGUAUUUGAAUUGUGAUUGUUGUUCACAGCUUGCCUAUCAUCAUGUUAUUGUUCAGAAUACUGUAUUUCAUAAGUUCUUUGUAGGUUUGCAUGGCGAUAAAACAUAUAAUACUAUUGUUUGUGGAAACACCACGUAAAUUUAUUACUGCAAAGUUUUCUUUUUUUACGGAUCGAAAGCUUUGCAAUAAUAAAUUUACGUGGUGUUUCCACAAACAAUAGUAUUAUACCGUAUUUCAUUUUGUCUCAAUUAUGUUUUGCUUUAUCAUGAUAAAUAUCCCCUUCUCCCCCUUUGGCCAGGGCUAGCAGGGGGGGUGCACCUGCACCCUGGUGCACCCUACUUUAUUGUUUUACUCUGUCUAAUGUCAAACUAAUCUCGUCAAGUGGAAAGUGAUGUGCUAUUCAAUGGGUUAAUAUUUGAAUUUAUAUUUCAGCAACCCAGUGGAUUCUUUUGGCCAUGGCUGAAUUUGUGAAUGCUCAAUUUUUCCUGCUUGCUGGCCUCUUCGUAACAAAGUAAGGAUUUUGUUAUGUGAUGUGUUGCAACAUAGUCUUUCAAAACAUGGUUUGGAAACUCCGCUAAAGUCUUUGUUCUAUCUUUUUGUUCGCGUUUAUGCAGUUUUGUGCACGGUGCACGGUCAAUGAACACAUUGUGUUUCAGUAUAAUGAACGAAUCAUCCAAUAGCAACGUUUCAUUUCAGUCAUUCAACCAUGCAUUUAAAUAUUAAUAAACCUAAAACAAAGGAUGCGCACGGUGUACGGCUCAACAUAAACUCCCAGUUCAUUAUAACCGCUUUGAAGUUUACUGAGUUUCCAGACCAUGUCUCGAAAGACUAUGGUUGCAAUCAUCAGACCAACUGCUAACUGAAGUACCAAAAUAAUUUCUAGGAAAUUGAAUGAUGUUAGGACAUUGGAUGAUAUGAGAAAUUCUAAGAAGCGUGAGCUUUGGGGGUGAGUAAAUAUCCUUCUUAGAGCAGAGGGAACAGACUGAGUGAUUUUUUCAUUUGUAUUUAUGUUUUCUAGAAAUAUCACCGUUUUUGAAAUAUCAGCUGUUGCAAGUGUUGUCCAUGAUGCGAUAUUCAAAGCUCGUAAGUUUAUUUUUCAUUAUUUUCAUAGAAUUAUAUUGACAGUUUUCACUAUGGCUGGAUUUUGAG